AUGAGAGGCUACUUUUACACUGGCUGUGUCGUAUGUGGCAUUGAAGCCGGGGUUAGCUCCUGCCAAUCGAUCUGUGCUCAUUACAGGGAUUUGAAGGAGUCGGGUCAGGGAGCCCAGCUGCUUUGGGUCGAUGCAGACGAGUUGGAAAGAACGUAUCGUUUCCGGGAGAAGAGUGAUUGGGUGGAUACUUUACGCCUAAUCUAUUUUGAUCGAUCGAGCCAGGCGUACCGACUAUCCGGUAUUGCACAUCUUGCAGAUCCCAAAAAGACCUACUUUAAGGCUCCAAUCGACAGGAACCAAGCAUGCAUUGGCUUAACCGACCGAGACCCAUCCGGUCUAGUCAGGUACCACCCUCAGAAUAUCGCUUUGUGGUCCGACUCAUUGGCUAAGCCGGUGGACUGGCGUGAAUUUGCCUUUGCGGUUCAUGCCUCAUGUUGGUCAUUGACCCUGAGAAUUAUUGGUCCUGACGCGGAGGAUCAUCUCCCUACCACCCUUGCUGUCUCAUUAAAAAGGAUGACGGAAGUCCACACCGAGGAGUUUCGGGUUCUGGAUUCAUGUAACAAGAAGCAGCGCGCACAGGGUACGGGUAGCCGGCAUCUCCGGGACCAAGUCAAUCAAUCAAUCGAUGGAAAACGAUGGCUGACUCUGCUCUGUUUCAACUGUAGAUCCCUUUCGAAGCCCAGUCGUCGGGAAGCUGAUCGAAGAAUGCAAGCGACGACGGGCAGGACCUGCUCCGGCUCUGCGCCGGUCCUCCCGAGUGAGGUCUAG